AUGACAGCACCACAACACUUGGAGUCUAAAGCCAUCCACCUGAAGAAUUCCUGGACUCGCCACUGUAAUAAAAUUUUAUUCAUGAGCUCCACUGCCAGUGAAAGCUUCCCCGCUAUUGGUCUGGACACCCAAGAAGGAAGAGAGCAUCUCUACUGGAAGACCAUCCGUGCCUUCCAGUAUAUUUACAAAAAUCACUUUCAUGAAGCUGACUGGUUUUUGAAAGCAGACGAUGACACUUAUGUUGCGGUUGACAAUUUACGAUGGAUGCUUUCAAAUUAUACACCUAACCAGCCAAUAUAUUUUGGAAAACGUUUUAAACCUUUUAUGAAGCAGGGCUACAUGAGUGGUGGAGCUGGUUAUGUACUCAGCAAGGAGUCUUUGCAACGCUUUAUAGAGGGGUUUCGUACAGGGGUCUGCUCUCACAGAUCAUCUGUGGAGGACCUGGAACUGGGUCAGUGUAUGGAGACUAUGGGGGUUGUAGCUGGAGAUACCAGGGACAGUGAAAAAAGAGAGAGCUUCCAUCCAUUCACACCUGACUUUCAUUUGUUUGGUCAUUUUCCUGAAGACACUUCCUACUAUCAAUACUGUUAUUACCCUAUCAUAGAAGGUCCUCAGUGCUGCUCAGACCUGGCCAUGUCAUAUCAUUAUGUAAAUGCAGAACUCAUGUACACCUUGGAGUAUUUCACCUACCACCUGAGGGCUUAUGGAUACCAGUAUCGUUACCAGCCAUCCCUACCAGAAAACGCAGGCAGACUUCAAUAUCAUAGCUGGAAUGGGAGUGGAGCAGGAAACAUUACUUCAACAUAUUCAACCACUACAAGGAACUCCAUGGAGUGA